CAAAUAUUAUAUUACGAAGUCCACUUGUUUCGAACUAUUUUUAAACUUUCGUUUUAGAUUUUUCUAAUAUGAUUUUAAAAAAUUAUCAUUAGAUAAUGAUUUCAAUUAAAAAACUUCAGCUACUGAAAAAUCGUUUACAUAUAAGUAAUCUCGAUGAUGAUAUUAUUAAGGAAGAUAUUUUUGUUCAGAUUAUCGAUAAAGAAAGAGUCAUUAAAUUUUCAGUUGUUGGUUUAACUAAGGAUUAUUUACUGAUUUUGACUGUUAUAAAUUUUUGCAAGACAUGUUUGUGUAACAGGAUACCCAGCUGGAAAAGAGGAUGCGCCUUGCUGAGGAAAGUCCCGUUAACUGAUAUAAUAAUUAACAAAAGUAAAAAACAAAUUGUCAUCAAUCAGAAUCGAGAAAAUAAGCGUUUAUAUUUAUUAAUAUUACCUAAUUUACCCGGAUUUGUUUGGUAUGAAUGGUGUGACUUUCUGCAUGCGUUUAAAAUGGAAUUUUCUAAACCGCUCCGUGAUUCUUAUAAAAUUAUUCAUGGAGUAUCAAAAUAUCUUCAAGUGUAUUCUUACUUUGAUUACGAAAAAAUAAAAUCGUAUUCCAGAUUAAAUGAUGAUGAUAAAGAACGUAAAAUAAUUCCAAUUAAUCGUUUUGGUCAAAAUAUUAAUGAAAAUUGCAUUUUUACUUUAUAUUUACCCGAUCCUACAGUACCAGAUAUAUCUGAUCAAUUAUUUUUUCUUUCUCUCCAUUCUUCAUGUAUUACGUUUCCAUUGAAUGGAAUAAAGCCAGUUCCGAUUUUGGAUAUCGGAACCAGUUUACUGAUAAAAAGAACAACUUGUGAAUUAACUCAUUUACGAAAAUGUAAUUCGGAAGUAAAAAUGUCUGAAUCUUUUAAUUUGCGUUCUUAUGUCUAUGCGUCUUUGGAAGAUUUAACUCCUAGUUUUAUAGAGAGAAAAUAUUAUUUAUCUCCUAAUUUAAACUCCUCUUUCGAUAUUUGGAUGUUCGACGAAAAUCCUUUGCUUUCUUUUAUUGGAUACAGUUCGAAUCGGCUGAGUCGACGAUUAAUGUAUAAAGAUAGAAUUAAAAUAAUGAGAAUGCAUUUUAUAAAUUCGACAUCGAAACAAUGGACUCGUGAAAAAAUACAGUCUAUACAAUAUAAAAUCAAUAAAGUUAAGUUAUGGCAACGCAACACUUGGCCCAUCUGCCUAGAGGAAUGCCUUACGGGAGGUCUUUUUAAGAGUAACUGGUCCCUAUUCAGGCGUUACAGACGUGGAGAAAACCCGGAAAACCACGUGGCUAGUAAGUAACUCACGAUCGAACUCUGUGUUCAGGAAACGGAACCGUUGGCCAUUGGUGGGCCUCGGUAUAUCAAAAAAAGCUUCCAAUAUAAAAUGGCACAAACAAAGAUAAGAUAAAAUUUUAAGAAUUAAUAUCAAAUUAGUGUAAGCUAUGUUUUUAAAUAUAAUCACAAUAAAUGAUUCAAACUGUUUGAAAUUCGUCUCUCUCUCUUGACUUGAACCUUUUUAUCAAACCUAUUAUGGGUUCGGCUUAGUGUCGCCCACUCCGAAAAAAUACCUGAGAGUUUUAGACCCAUCCGGAUUCGGGCCCGUUAUAGCUGUAGACUGAAACCUUAUUCCUUUGGCCAUCCGACCAUCGAAAUUAUUUGACUGACGAAAAUAUAUUGCUUAUUAAUUUAUUUAUAUCUAUUAAUUUAUGAUUGAUUAAUUUAUUAUUCAUUUUACUGACAAAAUGAUUGUCAUUGACGUUCGAAUGGUUGAACGUUUAAGGUUACAGCCCAUCUUUGGGUGAUCGAAAACCCCAGGAAUUUUUUGGAGGGUGAUUCGUCUGUAUAUGUUGGGCCUCAUCUCUUACCACUCGGCUGUCCAUUGUGGGCCUAGCCGAACCCAUAAUGGGCUUGCUAAAAAACAGAUUUCCUAGUGCCCACAUGGCGGAAAGAAUUACAAAAAAAUCAAGUGAUUCUAAUUUUGUUGCAAUCAAGAUGUUAGGAAAUAUAAAUUUUUAAUAUUAUUCGACACAUUUAUAUAGAACAUCUUAAGAGUUUACUCUUCAUCCACAUCGUUCAUGGCUACACCCAAAGGUAACAGAGGUAAAUGUAAGUUUGCGCGUUCUAAUUUUGGGUCUCAUAUUGUCGGUUCUAAUUAUUCUACUGGAACAAAUAUCCUUAAGAUGUCGAACCAUUACAUUAUGUCUUCCAGCGUCUUCGUAGAAUAAAUCUGGAUUCCCAUUUGUUUUCGUGAAUAGUAUUGGUAUAAGUGGCAUUCCUUAUACUUCAUCCAUAAUUGUAACAACCUGUAUGAUACAGGUUUUUACAAUUAUAUUCACGGAAUGAAUAUAAUUGAAUAGAGAAAUAUAUGGAAAGAGGCAGGCGGAAUAGCGUUUAUACGUGCUAUGCAUCGGAUUAAGUAAUCAGUUCUUAAGUUAUAUGUUGAAAUUGAAAUUUUUACAAAAUAUAUUUUACAUAACUAAUAUAAAUGUACAUUAAAUAUUAUUUU